GCUAAGAUUAGAACCUUGAAGGACUACGACGUGUUUUACCCUCUGGCAAAGGAGAAUAUUGAAAAACACACUGUGUGCCAAAAAGAAUAAAAAUGCAUUCCACCUGGAUUGGGAUCACUCUCUUCUUGCUCUGUCCAACUGUGAUUUAUGGUGGGAAGGUUCUCGUUUUUCCAGUGGAUGGGAGCCACUGGGUGAACAUGAAAAUCAUUAUUGAGGAACUACACUCAAGGGGCCACCACAUUUCUGUUGUGCGAUCAUCAGACAGCUGGUACAUCAAGGAAACCUCCCCGUCCUAUACUUCAAUUACACUCGAUGCAGAAUCUGGAUUUGAUGAAGAAUUUUUAACUGCAUUUGUGACCCAGUUGCUGGAAAUCCAGAGGGGAGGGAAGUCUGCCUGGACGCGUUUCAAACUGGAGAUGGAAAUGGCACAAAAGUCUGCUGAGAUGCAUGUGAAAACAAGCGAAAUGCUUGAGCUGCUUUUUGAGAACAAAGAUCUGAUGCAGUCUCUACGGGAUGCCAAAUAUGAUCUCGUCCUUACAGACCCUGUUACACCAAUAGGUGUUGUAUUUGCCCGCUACCUAAGAUUGCCUCUUGUUUACAAUGUGAGAUGGACUAGUCAAGGUGAAGGUCAUUUUUCAAUCGCACCUUCUCCUCUGUCUUACAUCCCUAUUGUAGGGACUGAGCUCCCAGAUAAAAUGAGCUUUCUUCAGAGAGUUCUCAACGUAAUUGCUUUUGGCUUUGGAGAGUAUCAGAUAGCACAGUAUGUUUUACCAUAUUAUGCUGGCAUAAUUGAUAAAUAUUUAGGUCCAGACACAGACUUUUUAACCCUCUUUGCAGCAGCAGACAUUUGGCUGAUGAGAGUGGACUUUGUGUUUGAGUUCCCUCGUCCCACCAUGCCUAACGUCGUCUAUAUGGGAGGGUUCCAGUGUAAACCUGCAAAACCUCUUCCUGAACACUUCGAGGAGUUUGUGCAGAGUUCUGGAGAGCAU